ACCAGUGUCCCCACUUCUCUGGAAGCUGCGAGGCUUGGUUCUGAAACAAGAGUGCACCUGUGGGGCCCCCAUGAAGCUCCUGGCUUUCCUGAGCCUGCUGGGUCUGGUGCUGCUGGGGGCAGGGACAGCUUCUCUCCCCAAGGAGAGGAAGAGGAGAGAUCAGACGCUCGGGGAAGGCGAUGCUUAUGCAGUCCUGGACAACUAUGACCUGGGCCUGGACAACUACGACGAGGUCAUUGACCUGAGCGACUAUGAGGGGCUCACGGACUAUGGGGACCAGCUCCCCGAGGUCAAAGUGACCAGCCUGGUUCCUCCAACCAGGAUCGGUUCCACUCAGAGCACAGUGACUCCGAGGAAACUCUCUUCAAAGCCCAAGAUGAGCCGGCCUACGAUGCUGGGCCUCCUGGACUCGCCAAGCAGCCACAGCCUGCCCACAUGUCUGGUCUGCGUGUGCCUCGGUUCCUCCGUGUACUGUGACGAUACUGACCUGGAGAACAUCCCUCCUCUUCCCAAGACAACCACUUACCUGUACGCCCGCUUCAACCGCAUCCGCCGGAUCCGCGCCGGAGACUUCCAAGGGCUGACAAAACUGAAGAGGAUUGACCUUUCCAGCAAUGCCAUCUUCUCCAUUGAUGAUGAUGCUCUCCGGCUGCUGCCUGCCCUGCAGGAUCUGAUCCUCCCAGAGAACCAACUGGCAUCUCUGCCCGUGCUGCCUGCCAGCAUCGAGGUCCUGGACGUCCGCCUGAACCGGCUCCGGAGCUCGGGGAUACAGCCUGAAGCACUCAGGGCGCUAGAGAAGCUGCAGUUCCUCUACCUGGCUGACAACCUUCUGGACUCCAUCCCUGGGCCUCUGCCCCCGAGCCUGCGCUCACUGCACUUGCAGAAUAACAUGAUAGAGACCAUGCAGAGCGACGCCUUCUGCGACUCCGAGGAGCACAAACACAGCCGGAGGCGGCUGGAAGACAUCCGCCUGGACGGCAAUCCCAUCAACCUGGGCCUCUUCCCCAGUGCCUACUUCUGCCUGCCGCGGCUCCCCACCGGCCGCUGCUGCUAG